GCGGGGGCUGGCUAGCGCGAAGUGCCGCGGACCGGCUCCCUUCUCCAGCCUGUCUCUGAGGAAAGUCUCCUGCCAAACUGUCGCCUAACCUUACCCGAGCCUUUAAGGCGAAAAGUCCGCGCCUGGCCGCGUUUCAGAGCCUGACACUUUGCCCCGGAGACCCAGCUCAAACGUGCCCGCUGCGGCGACCGGUGUCCGGAGACCCUCGGGUCGAGUCCAUCCCUAGGCAGAGCAGGCGGAUCAGGCUCGUUAGCUAUGCUGCCCAGCGUCCCUCCAGGGCCCUGACGUUCUGCCGCGCCCGGAACCCAGGCUCACGAUCUGAGUUUCUGGCCGGCGGAGGCGCUCCGCAGCGCGAUCUCACGGAAGUCGCCUCGGAAGGCCGUGACCCGCCAGGACAGGAGAUGGCGCCGCCGGCGGGCGGGGCGGCGGCCGCAGACCCGGGCUCAGCCGUAGUGCUCCUGGCUGUGCACGCCGCGGUGAGACCACUGGGCGCCGGGCCGGACGCCGAGGCGCAGCUGCAGAUGCUGCAGCUGAGCGCGGACCCCGAAAGACCCGGGCGUUUCCGGCUGGAGCUGCGAGGCGCGGGGCCCGGAGCGGUCAGUCUGGAGUGGCCCUUGGAGUCGAUCUCCUAUACCAUCCGCGGCCCCAGCCAACAUGAACUGCAGCCUCCACCAGGAGGGCCCGGAACCCUCAGUCUGCGCUUUCUCAACACUCAGGAAGCUCAGCAGUGGGCAGCCCUGGUGCGAGGUGCCACUGCGGAGGGACAGAAUGGCAGUGGCAGCCCACUCCUAGCCCUGGGACCAGAAACAUGUCCUGUUUCCUCACCCAGUCCCCCUAUGGCCCCAACACUCAAAGUGCCCCAACCUGAGGUGGAUUUUCAGAGCCCUGGAGACUUGAUGGAGAAAGAAGAGCUGGCUGGGCUCCUGGCCCAGGCCAUUGCAGGUGGGGACAAGAAGGGGGCAGCUCAAAUAGCAGCAAUCCUGGCCCAGCGUCACGUGGCCCUCAAUGUCCAGCUUCAGGAGGCCUGCUUCCCGCCUGGUCCCAUCAGGCUGCAGGUCACAGUAGAAGAUGCCACAUCCGCUGCAUCCUCAGCAUCCUCUGCCCACAUCUCACUGCAGGUCUACACCCACUGCACCAUCUCAGCCCUCCAGGAACAGGUGUUCUCAGAGUUCGGUUUCCCACCAGCUGUGCAGCGCUGGGUCAUUGGGAGGUGCCUAUGUGUGCCUGAGCGCAGCCUUGCUUCCUAUGGGGUCCAGCAGGAUGGGGACCCUGCUUUCCUCUAUCUGCUCUCCACUCCCCAAGAAGCCCCAGGAUGCAGCCCUCAAUGCUUGCAGAAGAUGGAAAGGGAACUAGGACAGUUCUUUUCUCAGUCAUUGGGGCUGUCCCGUGCCCUGCAGCCAGCCAGUUCCAGCCUCCCUGGCCCACUUCAGCCUGGCUGGCCCUGUCCUUCCUGUACCUUCAUCAAUGCCCCAAAUCGCCCUGGCUGUGAGAUGUGUAGCACCCAGAGGCCGUGUGCUUGGGACUCCCUUCCUACAGCAUCUGCCCAGUAGUCACUAAAGGUUACAGAACAUGGCCCUUCCCUGGAAGGCCUAAAUGCCUGGACCACCAUCUGAACUCAGGAAAUGUCUGCUUGGCUGCUCACUGGAGACAGACAACAGGGUUGCAGGAAAGAGCUACAAGUCAGUCAUUAAAGACACUUAAGAGUUA